CCCCAGCCUGAUACCUAACCCUCUUGCUUUGAAACACGACCGAGUUCCAUUCCUAUGAUAUCAUUGCGGUCAUGCCGCGAAAUCCGUUGAUGGAUGACGAGGACACAUUUGAGAUGUUCUACGGUGUUCUUCUGACUAAAUCAUGUUCCCUGUUAUGGAAAAUUACGCUUGGUAUCGGAUCUGUGAGCGCGCCGAUCGGUCCGUACGGCAUCCUCAUUUCUGGGAGGUUUUAGGCACCGGAGCUGUGGCAUCGGCCCCGUAUGGUAUUGUCAGCAGGCAAGUCUGAAGAGGGGGAGGGGAUCGGCACGAGAAUUGCCGUCAUGCCACGACUGAAAUUAAUGAUUUUUUUUCCCUCUCUUUAUUUUUGCUGCCUUCCUAAAUCUACUUAGUGUGGCUGUUUUUAACGUCUCCUGAUCGGGAUCUACGCAACUUGCAUACGGACCCUUGCUAUUUGCCUACAACGGAGCCAUACUCCGGACUCCGAAUUUUUUUUUUUUGUAGAUGAGGAAUUAUACCUCCUCUGGUAC